UAAUCCGCAGGAUGGACCCAGCCUUACAAUCUGUAUGACGUGGAGCUUUGAGCAGUGCUUCCGGAUGUGAAGCAGGGAGCAGGAAGAUCAACCACAGCUUUUGGACGGUUCUUGUACAGAUCAUAAUGGGGGGCUUCUUUUCAAGUAUCUUUUCAAGUUUGUUUGGAACUCGAGAGAUGAGAAUUCUGAUCCUGGGAUUAGACGGAGCAGGAAAGACCACAAUUCUCUACAGAUUACAAGUGGGAGAAGUUGUCACAACCAUUCCAACAAUCGGUUUUAAUGUUGAGACUGUAACUUACAAGAAUCUAAAAUUUCAAGUAUGGGACCUGGGAGGACAAACAAGUAUCAGGCCCUAUUGGCGCUGCUACUAUUCUAAUACAGAUGCUGUUAUUUAUGUAGUAGACAGCUGCGACAGAGACAGAAUUGGGAUUUCAAAGUCAGAACUGGUCGCCAUGUUAGAGGAAGAAGAGUUGAAGAAAGCCAUUUUAGUUGUGUUUGCAAACAAGCAAGAUAUGGAACAGGCCAUGACUCCCACAGAGGUUGCAAAUUCCCUUGGUUUACCAGCACUGAAGGAUCGCAAAUGGCAGAUUUUCAAAACAUCGGCUACAAAGGGCACUGGGCUUGAUGAUGCUAUGGAAUGGUUGGUAGAAUCACUGAAGAGCAGGCAGUAACGUGAAUAUUCUUACGAUUCAAAUCUUUUCUGUCACUCCACAAAAGAAUGUUGCUGGAUGUACAUAGAACACGCAAGAUCACCACCGUAAUUUAUUCUUUGGUGAAAUGGAUGUGGGUCCAUCUUUAAUAAAAAUGUACCAUAGUCCAUUCUUUGUGCUUGCUGUUAUAUCUAGUGUAGUUUCACUUUAUUUAUGACCUUUUUGUAAUGAAAAUGUAGGGAAUAUACACUUUGGGUGUUAGAUAACCUAUCUUUCCCCUCUGCAAAGUAUUUUAUUUUUGAACUAUAAACUAAUAAAACAAAUUUUCAACUUCAACCAUUUGUUAGUGAUUGCACUGUGCAUGCUAUGUAGAUUCCAGCUUUUAAGUAGAAAAUAUUAAAACAUACCACUCAA